AUGACCUCCCCACUGUGGUUCUGGUGCUUCUGCGUCUGGGCCGCCGACCGCUGGCCGCCAGGAAGCGCCCUCCAGCUCCAGCCCGGCAUGCCAAAUGUUUGCAAAGAGGAGCAGCUGACAGUGGUAGGGCUGUCACGCCCAUGCACCCAAGCUUUCAUAGAGACCGUCAAGUUCUGGAAGCAAGGUUGUACAGGCCUACGGUGGUGCGUGGCUUAUGAGAGAAGGACCCGCUACUACACUAUCUACAGGCAGGUGUAUGUCACAGAACACCAAACAGUCUUCAGGUGUUGCCCUGGUUGGAGCCGAUGGAAUGAUGAACCAGGCUGCCUCUCCUCUGUGUCUUCUCUGGGAACCCAUUUCAGUGGAAGACUGUGCUCAGAUGGGGCUGAUCUUCAGUGCCUCUGCUCACAAGGGUUCCAUGGACCCCACUGUCAAUAUGAUAUAAACGAAUGUGCUGUUGACAAUGGUGGCUGUCACGACCAAUGCUGCAAUACGAUUGGCAGUUAUUACUGCAAAUGUCAAGCUGGCCAAAAGUUGGAGGAAGAUGGCAAAGGAUGUGAAGACAUCGAUGAAUGUGCCGUGGUGAAUGGAGGCUGCCAGCAGCGCUGUAUUAACACUCUGGGCACCUUCCACUGUGAGUGUGAUACAGGGUACAGACGCCAUGCUGACGAACGCACCUGCAUAAAGACAGACCCCUGUGCAGGUGGAAAUGGAUGUGCUCACCUAUGUCAAAGCGAGAAUGGCGUGGCCAGGUGUACCUGCCAUGCUGGGUACCAGCUGUCUGAAGACAAAAAGGCCUGCGAAGACAUAAAUGAGUGUGCUGAAGAGCUUGUCCCCUGCGCUCAUCGCUGUGUGAAUUCAGAGGGGUCCUUUACUUGUGCCUGCCACCCUGGCUUUGAGCUAGGAGCUGAUGGAAAACAUUGUUACAGAAUUGAAUUAGAAAUUGUAAAUAUCUGUGAAGAGAACAAUGGUGGUUGUUCUCAUCACUGUGAACCUGCAAUUGGUGGACCCCAUUGUUCCUGUAACCAUGGACAUCAGCUUGAUGCAGAUGAGAAAACAUGCAUAGCUUUAGAUGAUGAGCAGUUUGAGGAGGAAGAAGAGGUACUAGACAUCCUGAGGUUCCCAGGCCUUCUGGUUCAAAGCUCCCCUCAGCCGCUACCUUAUUAUGCUCCUUCUCUGACUGCUUCAUAUGAAGAUGAAAACAAUGAUGAAGAAGACCAGGAAGCAGAGGGAGAGUUCCAAGGGCUGACAGCCUUGCAGAGAGUGGUCUGUUUAGAUGGCACCUUUGGCCCGGACUGCAGCUUGAGCUGUGAGGACUGCAUGAAUGGAGGUAGAUGCCAAGAAGGAGAGAGCGGGUGUGUCUGCCCAGAAGGCUGGAAUGGCAUUCUUUGCAACGAAAGCAACACCCAAAGAACUGGUAUGGAUCAGCAAGCUCCUUUGGGAUGCCUGAAAGGAUUCUUUGGGAAGGACUGCAAAAGAAAAUGUCACUGUGCCAAAGAUGGCCAUUGCCACAGGGUGUAUGGUGCCUGCAUAUGUGACCUAGGGCGCUAUGGAAGAUUCUGUCAUCUCAGUUGUCCCAGGGGGACCUAUGGAGCUGGCUGUUCUUUGGAAUGUCAGUGUGUGGAGGAGAACACCCUGGAUUGCAGUGCCAAAAACGGUAGUUGCACCUGCAAAUCUGGUUACCAAGGCAACAGGUGCCAGGAAGGUACAAUCCAAUGAUGGAUUUUUGUGCUUCUCUAAUUGUAAAUGAUCAGCCAUUGUUCAGCAUUGGUCAUUAAUGAG